AUGCAAUCGCUCCUCCAAAUUAGACGCAUCAGGCAUCACGUUCGCAAGCAGACGCAAGCCACUGCUUCCGUCACUCGAGCGCCGCAAAAGGAGAAGAUCCCAACAUCCAAUGAGCCAGCAUCCGUUGGCCACCCAGCACUGCACACCACCGUCAGUAAAGAGCUCGACAACACCUCGGAAGACAAAAGUUUCCAGGUUGGCUUUGGAGACCCAAACGAUCCAAUCGACCCUCAGAACUGGCCUUCAUGGAUGAAGUUUGGGACCAACAUCAUGACAGCUAGCGUGGCCUGCAUCGCCGGCUUCGCUUCGUCCAUCGACUCGCCCCUGAUUUCGCAAGCCGCUGCAGAAUUCCGUGUCAGCGAAGAGGCAGAAUCAUUGGCGACAGUAUUAUUUCUCGUCGGGUUCGGUGUAGGAGCACCGUUCGCGAGCCCUCUCUCCGAGACAUUCGGGAGGAACCCCAUCUAUAUCGGCACAUUGGCAUUGUUCUGCUGCUGGAUUCUCGGCUCAGCAUUGAGUCCCAACUUUGGAGCUCAGCUGGUCUUCAGGUUCCUCGCAGGCUUCUUCGGCUCUACCGCAUUCACCACUGCGGGAGGUACGCUCGGAGACGUAUUCAGCCACGAAAUGCGUAGCAAGAUCUUCCCUUGGUUCGGCGCUGUCGCAUUAUUUGGACCGAUGAUUGCACCCGUGGUUGGCGGCUAUGUCGGCGAGUCUGUGAUGGACUGGAGAUGGGCAGAUUAG